UUUUUUUUUUUUUAAAUGCUUGUGUCUCUGGAUGGCACUUCCUUGAGCUAAUCGCCUUAAUCCAUAUGAUGUUUUGGUUGAUUUGAAGCUGGGUUGGAAAUCAUCUGUUGAAAUGAGAAAACCACGGAAAGUGCAUGUAAAUGACAAAAAAAAAAAAAAAAGGCAACCCGAAUACAUGUCUUGUAGACGAAAGUUAUUAUUGUCUCACUCAGGCACGGGCAAGUUGAAAUUGAAACCAAGCAAUUGCCAAAGGGCCUCUUUACUUGCAAGGGUCCUUUUUAAUCAUUUCUUCCCAUGCAAGACUUUGAUCAUGCUUUAAAGUGAGAAUCCGAUUCACUUUGGGCCCCCCUUGCACUGUUGCACAUGCCAAGUUGUCUUGUCUUUGAUGAGUUGUUUCCAUCAGCGCCACCUGAAGUCAUUUGCUUUUCAAGAAAAAGGUCCAAAAGAGGGCCAAAACAAUUAUCUGACAAAGCCUCUGGCCCCUUGUCUUUGCUUCUGCCGUCCUCUCGUGACUCCCCGCAGACACGAGCCAGUGACUAAGAAUAAAGUGGAAAAUGUCACAUUCCUCGUCUCUUACAUACUAUUUUCCUAUAAAUCAGUGCCCAGUAGUCGUAGAUGAGAAGAGAGGGGAAGAGCCAUGGCUAGGACUAGCAGCAAGGUUUUGGCGCAGGUAGUGGUGGUGAUGGUGCUGAUUGCAAUGGUGGGAGGGGCCUCGGCUGCUACCAUAUGCAACAUAGACACCUCCAAGCUGGCUGAAUGCCUACCAGCAGUGAGCGGGCGUUCACCUCCACCACCUACCAAGGCUUGUUGCACUGCCUUGCUCAGCGCCGACCUUCAUUGUUUGUGCAACUACAAAUCUGCCCUUCCUGCAUUUGGAAUCAACCCAGCACUUGCAAUGGCCCUGCCAAAAAAAUGCGGCGGUUCCCUCCCACCAAAUUGCAAGGUGGAUGCAGAGCCUUGAAGCGCUUCAAGUUCCAAGCAUUUAAGUUACUAGCUUUUUAUCCAUCCGUCUCCUUUUUCAUCAAAUCUAGAAGCAUCUUUCAAUCUUUGUGUUGAAGACUUAUGUUUGAAGACAUGUUUGUGAGACUUGGUGUUGGUAGUAGUAUUGUACUCGCUGUCCCCUUUUUCUGUUAUAUCUAAGAACGUAUAAAUUGGGUUUCUGCUCA